CUCUAUCACAAUUGCAGAAGCAAUAAAGCCACUGGUUGAGGUUGACCCCUCCUUAAAGGUAAAAUCGGUAAUAGCAGAAGUGCAAUCAAAAUUCAACUACACCGUCAGUUACCGGAAAGCAUGGUUGGCUAAGCAGAGGGCAAUAGAAAAAAUAUUUGGAGGUUGGAAGCAUCGUAUGAAGCCUUGCCUAUAUGGUUUGAGGCCAUGUGUCACAAGGAACCAUCAGCUGUUGUCCAUUUUGAGACUAUGCCUGCAUAUCAAGGCGAUGACUUGGUGGGUGAUAUUCGGGUACUGCAUCGUGUAUUCUGAAGUUAUUACCCUUGUAUUAGGGCAUUCAGACAUUGUAAGCCAAUUGUCCAGGUGGAUGGUACUCACUUGUACGGAAAGUAUAAGGGUUGUCUGCUUGUGGCAGUUUCCCAGGAUGGAAACAACAAUAUCGUUCCGAUUGCGUUUGCUAUUGUUGAGGGAGAGACUUCUGAUGCAUGGCAUUUUUUCCUAAGUAACCUCCGUCAACAUGUUGUUACUCGGGAUGGAGUGGGUCUAAUAUCUGACAGGCACGAGUCCAUCAAUGCAGCUGUCGAACGAAGUAACGGAACUUGGUCACCUCCUAGAGCUUUUUAUAUGUUUUGCAUCAGGCAUAUAGAGUCGAAUUUUCUGAGAAAAUUCAAGGCACCUUACCUACAAAAAUUGGUCGUUAACAUCGGAUAUUCGAGGACGGUGCGGGAGUACGAAGUGCGUUACCAGCGUUUAAGGGACCGCGGCGAGGCAUACACAAAUUGGUUAGAUCGAAUUCCUCGCGAACAGUACGCACUGGCCUUUGAUGGCGGGUAUCGAUGGGGUCACAUGACGACGAAUCUAGUGGAGUGCAUCAACUCAGUAUUGAAGGGUGCCCGCAAUCUUCCCAUUACAGCUCUUGUGAAGGCAACAUUCUACAGACUAAAUGAGUUGUUCACCCGUAAAAGAGCGGAGGCGGAAGCCCGGAUUAAUGCUGGCCAUGUGUUUUCUGAGAUAGUGACAUCGAAAUUGCAUGCAAACCAACUUGCAUCAGGAAACAUACAGGUUAGUUGCUUUGACCGCCAGAAUGAGGUCUUUGAGGUUCGUGAGAUGCCAAGUGGGCUAGAGUUUGCAGUUGAUCUACGUAGCCUUCGAUGUGACUGUGGUGAGUUCCAAGUGGACCGGAUCCCCUGUCGACAUGUAUUCGCAUGUUGUGCCAACCAGCGACUUGAUUGGCGACUUUAUGUUCAUGAUGUGUAUAAGAUGGAUCAAGUGCGGCGGGUGUACCGAGCACGGUUUAGGCCACUAGGUAAUCCCACUACAUGGCCUGCUUACAACGGACCUCGGUUCAUCCCGAAUCCGUACAUGCGACGGGUGUCAAAAGGUCGGCCCAGGAUGACGCGUUUUCUGAAUGAGAUGGACACGAGGAUGUUACGUCGUCCUAGGCAAUGUACUCUAUGUGGUGCUGAGGGACAUAGUCGAAGCAGAUGCCGUCGGUCUGUUGCUUCAAAUACCAACAGAGAAGCCCCCUAGGUUCACAGUUUUAAUAUGAUAUUGUAUAAUAAAACCUGACUGAGCAAAUUGAGGUAACAUGACCUGCUAUAUGUAACCUUAUAAUUAAUGACACUCUAGUAUUAUGACAUAUCUGUAGCAUUAUAUAACAUGAUGGUUAGUAUAUCAA